GCUUCUCCCCGCUGUGGCAACAACAAGUUGCCCUCCCCGCAUUCAUGGGCCACUACCCCUACUUGCGUUCUCAAGCUCAAGUCUAGAAAAGGAAUCGUCCGCACGGAAUUCUGGAAACUUCGAGUACCAAUAAGGGUUUCUCCAGGUCGGCUCCUUCCGUGGAUAGUUGCCAAGAUGUAUCAAAUUUUCAUGAUCUUUCUUACUCUCCUGUGCAUCACUCGCGCCUCUGAGGUGGAGAUAUCUCCCGAUGGUCGUGAUGGCGUACCCGUGUGUUUCGAAGAUCGCCGAACGAUUUUGAGUAUCGUAUGGAGCUGCCUUGCCACAAUAUUUGCUUGCACUUGGCUCGCCGUACAUCCCAAUGUCCCAGGUCGUAACAUCACCACAAAGGGGUCCAUUUCCUGUGCUAUUGAACGCGUGAAGAUUAUGGUCGUCGCAAUUUUGGCGCCAGAGGUUAUCGUUGCAUGGGCAGCAGAGCAGUUUAUGGUGGCAUGGAGGCUGUGCCACGGAAUGGAUAUUUCUAUCUCCUCAGUGAUCCGUGCUUGGAGAGGAAAAAAAGCGGACGACGCCCCAGGUCCAACGAGGGGGGAAACAGAAGACGAUUCCCCAGAUCUGACCAUGUCUCAUGGGUUUUUUCUCAGCAUGGGCGGGUUUUUUUAUACAAAAAUACGUUACACCGAAAGAUCUGCCGACGAUAGCCGCUCAUACAGGAUGCACAGUAAUCUACACUUUCCAGGCGGCCCUUCUGAUCGUCGCACGGUCCACAAGGUCGAAAAACGCCUCCUUACUCUACGUGAUCUCAAAAAUCAACCGGACUUGAUGAAGAAACUAAAUGCAGUCAGGGUUGAGACAAUCGAAGACAAAAGUAAAGGCGAUGCGUUGUCAAAAACGUUUUCUAUCCUCCAAAUAUCCUGGUUCAUCGCACAGUGCAUCGGUCGAAGCAUUCAGUAUCUUCCUAUCACGCUCCUUGAAAUGACCGCACUCGCAUUCGCUGGGCUUAGCAUGAUCACUUACUGCUUGUGGUGGUAUAAGCCCCUCAAUGUUAAGUAUCAUAUUUCUUUGGACGGGCCCAAUGCGAAAAAGUUACAACCAACACCGGAAACAGACCCUCUCCAUCGCAUUCUCGCAGAACCUUCUGCGCUGGGAUUGGUGCUGCGUACCAUUUUAGGGUUCGCUGUUACAGACGACUGUCUAUGGGAUAUCGACAUGUAUAAGGACAUCACAUACGGCGCCUUCAGAUUUUCAUCCGGUACCAGCAAUCAGUCGUGGUCACGUUUUGUGAUCCUGGCUUGCGUAGGGUCGCUAUUCGGGGCCUUCCAUUGUGCGGCUUGGUCAUUCUACUUUCCAUCCCCCACUGAAAUGAUGCUAUGGCGGGUUUCAUCUUUGGCAGUCUUAAUUGGACUCCUUGCAGCAGUACAUUACCCUGGUGCUACUCUAAUUACUGAGGGGCAACGUCCCGGGUGGAUGUCGAAGGUACCACAGAUAUUACCACACUCAUGGACAGACUCUCGCAUUUGGAAUCUGUUCUUGUGGGUCUGUGUGGUUAUAUUGUCAAGCGUUGGAGCAGUUGCAUACAUUAUAGCGCGGAUUAUGCUGAUCGUCCUUGCCUUCAUGCAGUUACGUUCCCUGCCACCAUUAGCCUUUCAUACGGUACAAUGGACCACGUACAUACCGCAUAUAUAGUUUCGGUUAUACAUUCUACGACUCGAACCUCCUUCUUCGACUCACGCUGUUGUGUUGAACGAUCACCUACUUAUCUAUCUUACAGCUGCUUGUGGCAUUGUUCUCGACUCCUUGUAUUUAGCUUUCAUAAGUCUUGGAAGACACUCGAGGAACGCAAGCAGACUCAGGGAUGGCAAGUGUAUGGCAAGUGUAUUGUUUCGCUGGAUCGAAGGUCUGUCAGCAAUGUGUCUACGAGACUACGGAGAGGAACUCACGCUGAUCUACCAUGCAGCGGGAUACAUUAAUAUUAGGGCGAGUGUAUGGAUGGGUAAUGGGAAGAUGGAAAUUGGAAAGAAGAACAGCAAAAAAUUGUUAGAGAUAGGAUUAAAUGGAAACGGUAGUCGGUUGAUAGGAGGAUCCGUACACAGCGAUCAGGUGCAUAGAAAUUUAUCUGGC